AUGGAUCAAUCAAUACCAGACCACUACGCAGCUCUUGGAAUUUCACACGAUGCUGUUGCGCAAGAUAUAAAAAAUGCUUUCUUCGCUUUGGCUAAAACCUACCACCCUGAUAAAAACAAUGGUGGGCCAACGAAGGAAUUUAUAAAGGUCAGAACUGCGUACGAAGUGUUAUCUGAUAAAGAUCAGCGAAGUAUUUACGAUCGACAGUAUGAGAAAGUAAUAAGUAACGCGGGAUCUCAAACAUCAAAGGCACCGGGUAACUAUACGUACGAGGGGAAGCGAGAAAGACGCUACUCCUAUAGGAAGGGAUCGAGCGAAAGCGAAGCCGCAAAUAAUGCGGAAGCAAAAGAGGCAGAGUACAAAAGAAAGGUUGAGGAAGAUAAUGCCAGGAGAGCAAGCGAAUCGUUGGAUUCUCUCAUGAAAGAGUUGGAGCGAAUUUCUGGGCGUUUUGAAAGAAGGGAAUACUGA